AUGACGAAUUUGCUGUUGCCGGUUGUCGUUGCUGCUCUUUUGUGUAUUGUUGUUUCCUGCGUCCUUUACUUUUACGGCAGAAAAAAGAGGACCGCCGUUUUGCUUCUUGGCAUAUGUGAGUCCGGAAAAACCGCAAUAUUUUCGAGCCUCACUAACGGAAAAUGCUUACCUUCAUAUACUUCACUGAAGGAAAAUAUUGGAACACUUGAAAGAGAUGCGGACACAGAACUGAAGGACGUUGCUGAGUUUCUGUAUAACAUUUUAACUGACCCCCACAUUUCGGGGUCUGGCACACAUAUAUUAAUCGCUUGCAAUAAACAAGAUUCGUCAUCUGCCAAAGGAUGUGCUGUUGUUCGGAGUCUUCUUGAGAAGGAGCUGUGA